UAGCAUCUGGUCUUGUUACAUUUCUGUUUGUUUACAGAUUAAACAAACAAGAUACAACAUGCUAAUUAGCGCGCUUUAGAGCAGAGAAUCAAACUGCAGGAAAAAAACACAAGCUGCUGCACAAACCUUUGAGGUUUAGGUGAGUACAACUUUGGGGUAAAACUUCAACAAGGCAACAAAAAACAAAUCCACAUUCUUCUUCUAAUCCUGCCUUUAGUGUGUUUUAUGUCAAAGCUCACAGUUUCCUGUGUCUGAAAGGAGCUUCAGGCGACUAAUAAAGUUUGACUCCUCCUCACUCCAAAGGUCCUCCUGCCUGAAAACAAGGAGGUCAGAAACCCACAGCGGCAGACGGAGAGAAGCGAGGGAUGGGAGCGCAGGAGGGGGAGGACGCCGCUCAGCCAGCGGGGAAAACACGACAGAAAACCUCCAAAGAAGUUUAUUUUUCCGUCCUGCCGGAUAAAUACGAACCCCUGAUCGAAGAGGUGGAGGAGGAGAGAGAGGAGACGCCGGAGGAGAGGAAGAAGAGGAAGGAGGAGAAAAAGAGGAAGAAGAAGAAGAAGUACAAGAAGUAUAGGAAGAACGUCAGGAAGGCGUUGUGCUUCAGCUGGCGCUGCCUGAUGGCCGGGUUACAGAGCAUGGCGUCCACUUACUCCACUCCCCUGUCCGCCAUGGCUACCGUGGUGACGGAAACUCAACGAUCAACUGGCAGCAAAGCAUGAUGGGACUGAGGACCGAGGACCCUGAGCACAGACGCCUUAAAAGACCCCGAACCACUAAAUGUUUGUUUCAGUAGCUCGUUGUGUUUGAAACAUUUUAACAGGAGUUUAAUUGGACUUUGCUGUUAUUUAUAAGAAUAAAGGAAUUUGUUAAUUAAAAAAUCUAAAUAACGAUGAUAAAAGAAUUAUUAGAAUUGUGUGAAUAUGUAAUAUGCAUCGAUUGGUGGCGGUUCA